AAAUAAACGUCCUCCCCUUUUACCAAAUGAUCGCGACAAAGCCUAAGUGAAAGCAACGGAGAUCAUUAGAUAUUUUUUGCGAUAAUGUCUGCCAUGUCUAUCUCAGCUAAUUUACAAGAACCCGAACAUUCCGGACUGUUGAAGUUUUUAUCUGCUGCGUUCUACGCUAUCAGUUCUUUUUUGAUCAUUGUUGUGAACAAAACGAUUCUCACAAACUACAGAUUUCCCUCCUACAUGUUUCUAGGAAUUGGCCAGGUAGCCUAUACUGUAUCUCAACUAAGGAUUCUUGAGAUGACCACUACAAUCCUCAUUCUAUAUGUUGCUAAAAUGAACCAAACAGUUCACUUCCAAGACUUUGACAGAAGCAUUCUUGUCAAAAUUUUCCCCCUACCGUUGCUGUAUGUUGGAAACCACAUAACAGGACUGGCUAGUACAAAGAAGUUAAGCUUACCCAUGUUCACAGUACUAAGGAAGUUCACCAUAUUGAUGACAAUGAUCAUGGAAGCAAGGCUAUUGAGAAAAACGUUCCCUAAUCGUCUGAUCUACAGUGUUCUGGCUAUCGUUUUUGGAGCUUUAGUGGCUGCCAGCUCUGACUUGGCCUUUGAUGCAGAGGGCUACACGUUCAUUCUGCUUAAUGAUGUCUUCACUGCUGCCAGUGGUGUGUACACCAAGAAGAAGCUGGCAACUGAGGGUCUUGGAAAAUAUGGGAUCUUAUUUUACAAUGCAUUCAUCAUUGUCAUCCCAACUCUUCUGGCGAGUGCAUUUACUGGGGAUUUACACAAGGCCAUCACAUAUGAACACUGGUUGAAAACCCCUUUUGUUUCUUGCUUCCUUAUGUCCUGCAUCAUGGGCUUCAGCUCUAUAUUGGAGGGGCUGUGGACAAAUAUGAGACCGCACACACAUCUUCUGGUACUGUCCAAAGUUACAAGGGUUCUGGAAGACCAUAAAAAAAGAAAGAAGUGAAGAAAAUCCUAGACAUUGAGUUACAACUGGAACCAAUGUUCAUUUUAUUGGGGGUAAUACCUUGUAACCUGGAAGAUAAAAACCAAAUGUACAUAUUAAGGGCACUGUUAGUGAUUGCACAGAAAAUGAUUAUGUUCAAUUUUCUCAAACCACAGCCGCCAACUGUAAAUCAAUGGACUAACUGAAACAUUUGUAAAUUAUGGAGAAUAUGACAGCCAGGUUGCAACUAAAGAUGGAUACUUUUUUGUCGAAAUGGACUCCCAUCAGAUUGUACCUUGCCCGAUAACUGUAUAGACAAACAGAGGGACAUAUGUGGGGGUUUGUAGAAUAAUUCCCUUCAUUUAAUGACACUGAAGUAAACUCCUGUAAUUAUUAGUAUUAUUACAUAUUUUGGUCCUUUUACGGAUGUUUUUUAAAGAAAUUACUUAAUUUUUAGAAUUUGUAUUCUUCUCUUUCCUUUCUCUUCCAAAAAUUAUGACGUCAAGGAUCGUUCACAUGGUAUACUAUAAUGUAUAUUUGAACUUGAAAAAUAAAGACAUGUUAAAAAAACAAAAGGCCCCUACUAGAGGGUGGUGGUCUUAUUAAUAAUAAAAAUAAAAUAAUAAAAAAAAUAAUAAUAAUAAUAGGAAACGUA